AUGCCUGCCCUCGCAGAGCCCGUCCACACGGGCACGCUCGUUUGCGUCGUCCUCAAGGCGCGCAACUUGCCCAACAAAAAGUCCAUCGGCAAGCAGGAUCCCUACACCGUUCUCAGCAUGGGUCAGGAACAGCAAAAGACAAAGCCCGACAAACGAGGUGGUCAGCAUCCCACUUGGGACGAACAGCUGCACUUUGAAAUCUACGAAGAUAUGGAGGAUGCGCUAGCCAAGGACUCUACCAAUUCAACCGGCUCCGGAUCGAAAGCUACCUCCUCAUCAGCCCUUCCCAAGCCGAAAGGCGGGAAGAAGGUGCUCAAAGUGACUUGCUAUGCCGAUGACAGCAAGGAGCCCGACUUCAUCGGCGAAGGCUUGGUCGAUCUCACAGAAACGCUCAAGACCGGCGAGUUCGAUGAGUGGGUCACUAUCAAGGCCAAGGACCGCUAUGCCGGAGAGGUCUAUCUCGAGUUGACAUUCUACUCGUCUGCAGCUCCGCCUAAACAGCGUAAAGCAUCCAUCAAGCCUCUCCUGUCAGGCAGCGAUACGUACGGAGGUGCAGGAACGUUCCAAAGGAUAGAAGACGCAGGUGACAGCAAUGCCUCCAACACUGGAUCACGCGGUCCCGCUGCACCUCCCAUCCCUGCUUCGAUGCGGCCUGGUGCUGCUGCUGCCGGCUCCAACAACACCCACAAUCGCAUGUCCAGCAGCAUUUCUACUUCGAGCCUCUCCUCUUCCCUGCACAGGCCCGCUGGGUCCAUGUCGCAUUCCCAGACCAUGCACGACCUAGGCGCCGGUACCCUUCGACCCAGCUCAUCCCUUGCCAACUUGGAUGCCUACACGCCUGCCUAUGCACCCGCCAGCAUCUCACGCUCCACCAGCCCUGUGCCUCCACCGCACUCUUCGUCAGCGUAUCACUCUGCUGCCCCUUCUCACUCAUCUUCCCUCGGUCCUACUGCUGCAGGGAGCUCUCGUCGAAACAGCUAUGCAGCCCCCAUGACCUCCGAGUUCGGUCAUAGCAUCACUCCUUCUGCCAAAUACUACUCGCAACACUCGAUCACACCCUCGCAGAGCAGUCAUUACCUCCAGAACAACCACGCACCCGAAAGCAGUGAUGAUCGAUAUGCUACCAUCCGACCUGGCUCUGUCAUACCGCCGCCGCAACCACAGCAGCACCAUACAUACGUCAUCCCGCGCUCCCACUCUGUUUCUCACAUUCCCGUAGCUUACACUCAGAUGCCUCAACCAGACUUUGGCCCCGAUCAACUCGUCCAUUCCAUGUCGCAGAUGGGCUUCGGUCACUCCACCUCUUCCUCCACCGUAACAAUGGACAAGCCUCUGCCUCCACCAACGCCUUCACAUGUCGACGAGCGUCCGCCACAAUCACACAUCUAUCAAGCACCGGCACACUUGGCUUCGCUUUACACUCCUCCUCCUGCGCCAGCGCAUGAAAUGCAACGCCCUCUCUCACCAGCUGCCAGGCCUGCAAGUAGCCCAGCACCUACACCUUCUGUUGUCAAUGCUCAGUCGUAUUACCACCAGCAGCAGCCACAACCGCUGCCAUCGAUUCCUCCACGAUCAUCCUCUCCUGGUGCACCAUCCUCUGGGUAUACGCCGAUUCCUAGUCCUUAUGCUCAGCCCCCUCCUCUGCCACCGCAGCAGCAACAACAUGUACCGCGACCACUACCAUCAACACAAUCUUCCACUUCACCGGCAUCUGCUCCUUAUCCAUCACACCUCUAUCAACCACUCCAGCAACCCUCUCUGCCCCCGACCCAACUUUCACACUCGCACUCUCUCAGCCAGAACUACUCCCAGGCAAGUUGGUCCGCUCCUCCACCACCCCAACAACAGCCGGCGUACGCAGGGAGCACAAACGAACACGGAACAAUGUCUUGCUCCAUGUCAAGCGGAUAUGUUUACUCACCACCUCCUCAACAGCAGCAGGGAUCAGAUUGGGUGCCGGGUACAAGUCCUUCACCUUUACCACCUAUUCCUCAACAACAAAUGCCUGGCUUGCAUAGCUUCUACGGCUCUUCACCAUCUCCUUAUCCUCAACCACAGCAGUAUCAGUACAGCCAACAACCUCAACAGCAGUACACAUCUCCACCGCAAAGCGCAAAUGCAGGUGGAUAUGGAGGACAGUACUCCCAACCCCCACCUCAACCGCUACAGCAGGGUGGAUAUGCAGGUGGAAUAACACCAACUUACUCUUCCUCCUCGGCUCUGUAUCAGUCGCAUCAAAACCAGUAUCCUCAACACCAUCAACAGCAGCAGCAGCAACAACAUCAUCAGUAG